UUCAUUGACGGCUGACAUGGCUUCCAGGGAAGGAAGGUCUUUUGUGUGUGCGUGAGUCAGGCCGCGUCGGUCACACCCAUCCCCGGCUCUCCCACCUCCCAAACCGCCCGCCAUGUUCUGGAGGAGGGGAAACCUUUAGCCUACCAUUAGCAUUAGCAACACUUUGGCUAGGCGGAGGCGCAACAAGCUCGCCGCAAUAAGUACACUAUCUUGAUUUUUUUUUCCUUUUUUAUUUUUUUUAAACAUCUGGAAUUUUAGGGACGCGUUUUAGGGUCUACAGCCCUGGACUCUUAUUUGAAUCAGACCCAGUUCGAAAUAAACGACAAACACUGUCAGCCUCAUGAGGGACGCCCAAGCGAGCAUUCAAUCUCCCUAUCAGCUUUCCAUCACUCUGCUUUGCUGCUGUCAAGGUAAUGGCACGGUCGCAAGCACUGUCGGCACUUUGUGUGCGGAAAUGGUUUUAACAGAUAUUGUUCUGGAGGACUCAGGAACACUGCACUGGCCUGAAGAAGCCUCAUAGACUCUUACUUAUCCAGCACAAAGUUUGUUCGGACCAGGAGACCUUAAACUGACACGCAGCUUUUUGCAUAAAUACGCAAAACUUGUGGCGUGAGCGCUCCUGUCGGUGCCAGAGUUGAAAUUGCCGAUCCCCUGCGCGUUCCGCCUCAACCGCCACAAUGCCAAGCUCCACCAUCCGCCGCCAAAUGAAGAACAUGGUGAACAACUACUCUGAUGCAGAAAAGAAAGUCAGAGAGGCAACCUCCAAUGACCCUUGGGGCCCCUCGUCUUCACUCAUGUCGGAAAUUGCCGACUUAACUUACAACGUGGUGGCCUUCAGUGAGAUCAUGAGCAUGAUCUGGAGACGACUCAAUGACCACGGCAAGAACUGGCGCCAUGUCUACAAAGCGCUCACCCUCCUCGACUACCUGAUCAAGACCGGCUCGGAGCGAGUGGCGCUGCAGUGCAAGGAGAACAUCUUUGCCAUCCAGACUCUGAAAGACUUCCAGUAUGUUGACAGAGAUGGUAAGGACCAGGGCAUCAACGUGAGGGAGAAGAGCAAACAGCUCGUGGUCCUUCUUAAAGACGAAGAUCGUCUCAAAGGAGAGCGGUCCCAGGCUUUGAAGACCAAAGAGCGUAUGGCCCAGGUGUCCACGGGGAGCAGUCAGAUGGGCUUUGGUCGAGGCUCAUCCCAGCCCAACCUCUCGACUUCCUACAGUGAAGAGUACGGCAGGUCGGAGGGCUCGCCUGCCUCCUACCAUGGAUCCACAUCUCCCAAUGCGGGAUCAGAGUUGGAGCAAGCCAGACCUCAGACGAGCGGUGAGGAGGAACUACAGUUGCAACUGGCUCUGGCCAUGAGCAGAGAAGCAGCAGAGCAGGAGGAGCGCAUUCGCAGAGGGGACGAUUUAAGACUACAGAUGGCCUUGGAGGAGAGCAAGAAGGGAGGUCCGGACUCUGGCAAACUGGCACACAAGAAAAAAGAGCCGCAGUCAUCCCUGAUGGAUUUAAUGGAUGUUCCAGAACCAGGUGCCAGUGCUGACCCCUGGGGUGCAGGAGCUCUGUCCAAAGGAGACCCCUGGAAACCUUAUGGUGCUUCUUCUAAGUCGGCAGCCUCAGCGGACCCGUGGGGGGCUCCUACCUCACUUCCACCCAUGAAGAGCAGUGAUCCCUGGGCAUCAAACUCCACUCCCCCAUCUGAUCCCUGGGGGUCGGCCGCUACUCGCCCCAAGGCUUCCAACGCAGGUAGCUUUGACCUGUUCAGUGAAUCCAAUGGUACGUCCAAAGAGGACUUCUCAGAGUUUGACAGCCUGCGUUCCUCCUCCUCUGUCCCUGCUGGUGAUGGUGGGAUAGCAUCCUCUGUUCCAUCCCAAGCCAGUCUUGCUAGCAGCAGCAGUUUGGACAUCUUCGACCCACUUCCCACAUCCAUCUCUACUUCUUCAAAUCCAACCAGGAAGACCCCAGAGUCUUUCCUGGGGCCCAACGCUGCCCUGGUCAACCUGGAUUCUCUUGUGACCAAACCAGCCCAACCUGCACCAGCGUUCAACCCAUUCUUGGCUUCCACAGGUGGCGCCGCGGCAGCCUCCGCCACCCAUGCCAACCCCUUCCAAGUGAGCCAACCGGCCCCUCCAACCCUCAACCAGAUGCGAGUCAGCCCCAUGCCUUCGGGGUUCGCCAGCGGCAUGGCUGAUUCCAUGGCCAUAUCCUCCUUGCCCACUCAACCCAUCUCCAUGGUCCCAUUAGCAGGCAUGGGCCCUGUGGGACGCCCGAUGGGCGCUAUGCCCCAGCCACUGAUGAGCACGCCCCCCCAGGCUGGGUCGCAACCCACCGGAGCCACCAACCCAUUCCUUUUGUGAAGGGAUGACUGCAGGACAACGUGCACGCAGAACACCCCCACCCAACUUCUUUCCCCCCCCAUCUCUACAAAGCUUCAUGGAGAAGUUGUCUCGUCCCAUGUAUCCCUUUUCUAACCAACCCCCCAGCAAGUUCAUAGACACUGUGGCAUCCUUUUAACAUUACCACACGCUUCCUCCCCUCCUUGUGCGACAAACUGCCUCGUCCCGUGUGUUCCAUUUCGAUGCGACACUGAUGUAGAUCACUGUCCACUUGGCAUCAGAGUUAGAGUAGCAGGGGUGUUUACAUUUCCCACCCCCUCACCCCCACAGAGGCAGGUGAAGACAGUCCGCUUGUCCCUCACCCUCCUCCCUUCCUCCGUAGGAUUGCUCCCUUUCUUCUGUGGGGUGACAGAAGCCUGACUCUACUAACGCCAGGAUCUUAUCUCGUCACUAGAGCUAAUCUUUUAUAAGCCCUGUCAGCUGAAUAGUGUGCGCGUGUAGGCGCAUGCGUGUAUGCGUGUGAGAGUGGGUGCACAUAUUAGUGCUAUUACACUGUGUAUUUCCCAGUAAGUCUUUCCUUCACUUACUGGCGUUUGAAUGAUAGAGACCGUCAGAUAUGUUUAUACUCUGUGUGUGUUCCGAAGCAGGGAUUUUGCACAUUUCGUUGGCUUUUUUUUUUUUUUAACUAAUAAUUUACGCGACUGUUGGGCUCACCGCGACACCUUAGCGUAGGCAAGGAGGCUAGCUGUAAAACGGGGCGUGACUGCUUAAACUUGGACUUUUUCUGUACCACUCCCAUCACAGCGCUGGGCACGCCAUUGGACUCCUUCUUGAACCGCCACAAAACAUGCUGACCAAACACGGGUCGCGGUAUUAAACGGCAUGAAUGCUUCUCAAAGGAGACGAAACCCCGCUAGCCGAGUGAUUAAGUGGCAUGUUAUGCUCGCAGAUGACUUGUCAAUGCCCCAAUCCUAUGACUCCAUGUGAUAUACGACAUUAAGGCCACACCCAAAUUUGCGUUGAGACAUAAAUAUAUUAACUGUCACAGUGUCAGUAUUCAAGCACAUAAAGUAGGCAUUGUGGAAAAAAAAAAGGUUUUGUUUUUGUACUAGGGUCAAAGGGAAGAGGGGAGCGCGUGCGCAGUUUGAACGAGAGAUACCAGCUUCCACAUGUACUUGAAUGCACAACGUCGGCAGUUUGUAAUAAUUGUGGCGGUUACCAGUUUGUCUGCAGCAUCUUCUGUUGGCACGCUUCAAUCAGCAAUUUAGAGGGCGGAUUCAUUGCCACUUAUCCAUCUGCAAUCAAUUUACCUGGUGAACACGCAGUCGAAGAGCAAACUGUGUUCCAUGGAGGAGUUAGGAGGUCUUUUUUCAUGGUUACAUUUUACUAUUUACUCAUUCAGAUCCUUUUUCUGUCAUUAAGGUGUUUACUAGCUGCAUAUUUUAGUCUGCAUCAGGUCAUUUUAGUGUUUCACCCUAUGGGUCAGCCAUUCACUUCUCUUAGAAGCACAACUGUUACCAAAGUCACAGCGACUGAUCUCCAAGUCUGAACCCCCCCCCCCCCCUUCCCAGACCAAAACCCAGCAUCAGGUCACUUGACUGUUUUUUUUCUGUUCGCCGACACGCACACACCAUUGUUGCUUUCCAUGACAUUUUUUAAGUUUGUGCAAAAAUGAAUAUUGGAGGAUUACUUUGUAGAGAAACAGAGCGUAAUCAGAAAGCUGGUGAUGUUUUCUUUUUUCUUGGCUCAUGGAUGGGUGAUAGGUGGAUUGAGUGCAUACAGCCCAAUGAAACCGUUAAAUCGCAAAACAAAUAAGAUAUGCAAACAAUGCGGUAAGUUCAUGUUAAAAAGAGAUGUUUUGCAAAAAUGGCUUUGCUAAUAUGAGCUUAUUGAACGGCGCCUCGCAGACAAACUGUUUUGUCACCCUCCUUGAUUUCACUAAACAUUGAAGCGAUGAUGGAAAACAAAAAUGUUGGAUGACACUGCAAAUGACCACUUUUUUUCUGACCGGUUUCACAGUGGCGGUGUGGUUCCGUAAUGGCCCGUGUGUGACAAGCUGAUGAUGCAUCACUUUGUAUUCGCUAUGCUUUUAUUGAGAGAAUACCUGACCUUACAGACUGUCUUUAUAUGCAUUAAUAGCCACCUUUUUAUUCUUCUGCACGUCUGUCUAGUUACUCUUCUCAUAGUGCUGGGAGCAGGCUGCUUUUUACUCGAUACGUGCUCAAUCUGACGGCAUUAUAUCUGUAUAAUAUAAUUUAUCAUUUGUACUAUUGUAACAUACCGUUCUUUUUUUUGACCUUUAUUCUGUGUAAUGGGUUUUUGUAGGACACGUCACCGUGGAAUCUUAACGGCAUCUAAAUAAACGAGCACAGCAGGGCGCCCCCUGUUGGUUGAGGUUGAGUAGCUGCAUUGGUUUAAAGUAAAUGUAUAUCACAUCAACUCUGUAA